AUGAAAUCAAAACAAUAUACUCUAAUUUCAAUUGAAGGCAAUAUUGGAUCUGGUAAAAGUACUUUACUUAGAUUAAUGUAAUAAAAAUAUCCAGAUGUAAUUAAAUAUAAUUAAUCAUUUUUUAGUUGAGAUUUAUAGCAGAACCAGUUAAUGAAUGGUAAAGCAUAAAUGGAGAUCCCUCUUUGAAUUUAUUAGGUUCCUUUUAUGAGGAGCCAUCAAGAUGGGCUUACACUAUGCAAGUUUAUGCAUUCUACAGUAGACUUAAGCAUUGGAAAGAGGUUUUAUCUGAUCCAUUGAAUCCUGAAGAUAGACAUCUCAUAUUAAGUGAAAGAAGUAUUGAAGCUGAUAAAGAAAUAUUUGCUGUUAAUGGACAUAAAAAUGGAAUGAUAAAUAAAUUAGAAUUUGCUUUAUAUGAAAAAUUUUAUGAUUGGUUAUGUGAUGAAGUGUUUGGAAAAAAAAUCUAAAAGCAAAUGAUCAUAUAUUUACAAGUAGAUCCAGAUGUCUGUUAUUCAAGGAUGUAAAAAAGAGCAAGAGAUGAAGAAAAAGUAUUACCGCCAUUUUUAUUAUUUUAAAGAAUACCAUUUCAAAAGAAUAUUUGACUUAAAUCCAUAAUAGACAUGAAGAAUGGUUAUUAAGGGAAACUCAUUAAAAUACAUCUAUACUAGUACUAAAUGGAGAUUAAGAAUUUGAGAGUGAUCUCGUUCAAUAAAAUAAAAUGUUUAACACUAUCGAUUAAUUUUUACAAGAAUUAUUUUGA